AUGGACAUGUUUAGAGGAAGGAUUGUGGCGGAAGGAUCCAAAAAAGACUCGGAAGAAUUUUUGUCUGGGCCGAAUUGGAAAAAAAACAUGAAGGGGAUGACAAUGGAGCACAGCUUUUCCAUCGUCGGUUUCUUGAAUUGUUCUAGUUCUGUGAAAGGAAUUGAGUCUGGGAGUGGGAAAGGAGUGGCUCUGUCAAUUAAAAAAGGAAUUUGCUGGUACCUCCACCAGAAGUGUAGAAGUGACGAUCUCGACUCUGUUACUGAAAAGCUGGCCAGUUUGGCGAGUGGAGAAAGAGUUUUCAACAACGUUACACAUGGCCAGACAUGCAAGACGUUUGGUGGAGGAGAAAGGUAUAUGACUUCUCCUAAUCCGCGACAGGGGAGGACAUUACUUGCAGAAAUUACGGGGAAAGGUGGUACAUUUCUUCUGCUGUGA